AAAAAGAAAAAACGGCGAACUGGAGAGGUUGACUUUAAGAAAUGUAUAAUCUGUCAAAAGGAGACAACUGAAGCACUAGUACAAAACAUUAGCAUCGAUGCUUAUAAAAACAUCUUAUUCUACGUGUUCUCUCGAGGAAAAUAUCGUGAAAGUGAGUUUGCAGAGGCAAGUAGGCGUUUAGAAGGUGUGUCAGAGGAAGAUCUUAAACAGAGUAGUGCCAGCUUUCAUGCCAGUUGUCGGAAAAGCACUGUAAGUUUUGAGAAAUUCAAAAGGGCCCACUGAAUCUGCACGUGCAUUUCGACGCAACGAGCUAGAUCGAUUUUAUUUGACCGCAGCAAAAAUUGCUGUUAUAGAUUCUGCAGUUGAAAACUGUUCAGAUAGUGACUUAAAGACAAUUUUUCAACGCUCUUAGAUUAUUCGCCAAGAAAUAUUAAAAGCAAAGAAUUGGCAAUUUGAUGGGAAACUGGACACAGACACGAGAUCGAUCUUACCCUUCUUCAGUGGAUUCUUUCGGGUGUUGCGACUGAACUUCAAACAGAGAAACGCGUUGAUGACGUCAGCAAAAAAGCCAUUCUUAUUUCACAACAAAUCAUGUUUGAAGUGAAAACAGAUCGACAGGUAAAGCAUGCACCCAAAUCUGACGAAACAGAGAAGCCAUUCCGACAUCAGCGUGAAUAUCCAUUGCAAGUUGGAGUAGGUGUAUUAGCCCAUCAAUAGUUUCGAAGCAGAUCUUUGACUGACCUACUACACAAACUUGGUGUGUCCGUUGACUAUAUACGCAUAUUACGCAUUGAGACUCAGCUCGCUGAAGCCCUUCUAAGACAUUCAGCUGAUCGCUGCAUCUAUGUUUUCCCAGCGUUAGCAAGAGGCCAAUUCAUCUAUUUUGCUGUUGACAACUCCGAUUUUUCUGAGGACACUCCCGAGGAUAAAAACACUCUGCAUGCUACAGUAAUGGCCGUCUUCCAAAGGAAAACAGACUACCCACCUGAAAUUACUUUAGAUCUUAGCAAGAUCGCUAAAUCCAAAUCUCUACCAUCAAACUCCAUACCUGCGACAGAACUUUUACCAUGCCAUGUGCCCACUAACGCUCAGCCAAAGUGCCCAAGGUAUUGCCGAUUAGAAACAAGCUCAUCUCCAGACAUCACAGAUGGUGCAGCACAAGAUGAUUUGGCAUGGUCAGUAGCGCAAUCACUUGCACGAUCACGCUCUGAGAAUCCGAUGAUCCCAACGUGGGCGGCGUAUAAUUCUAAAGUCAGUUCAUCAACGCUACCGCUCACCACCGUUGCCAUGAUGCCUUUAUUAGCGGCACCCGCAAACGAGUGGAGUACCAUGCUGACAGUGCUUAAGCAAGCUCAGAAUAUUACAACUGUGGUAUUGGGUGAAAGUCACAAGACAGUGAUAACCUUUGAUCUUCAUCUUUAUGAGAAGGCCUUCAAGCUGCAACAACAUACCGCACGAGUGCUAGAUCACCUUGUUCUCCGGUUAGGCGAACUGCACACAGUAAUGGCAGCCUUACGUGCUCUUGGAACAUCCAUUGAGGACAGUGGUUUCGAUGAUGCUUGGGUAGAAGCUGGGAUAUAUGGGUCCACUACGAAACACCAAAUUCUUGAUGGCAAUCACAUGAAGCGCGCCUUAAUUGCACACAGUAUGACAUACUCUGUGCUCUCUGACUUUCAUAUUGAAGCAUUCCUCAAGACAAAGAGG